GCUUCAGAGGAUUCUGCUUGCCAGUUUAUCCAUCAUAUCAUCCCCCAAGUGAUUCAUGAACAUAAAAAUAGGAGCACCAAAAUACUUAAGCAGUGGUAAUCCGAACUGAACUCACAUAACAAAACAGAGAUCAAAAAAUUAAGCAAGCUGAGCCUUUAAUCAAGAAAGCAUUUGGAUUAUCCAUUGUGAUAAAAUACAUUUUUUGCAAUGCGGACUCCUUUGCUAAGUAGCCCUGAUACGCUACAAGUCAACAUUCUUAACUGUGAUGUAGAAGAGAGAAAUGUUGCCAAGAAGGAAAGUUUCUCUAUGCUUUGGGAGGAUCUGACUAUGGAAGUAAGGCGGCAAGAGAGGACAACGUUGCUGGAAUGGAAUAGCUUCCGCCAUGAGAAAUAUGAAAAACAACACCAGGACACCAUUCUUGUGCAGAGAUCUCCCAGCUUGAAGAUACAGAUGGGCAGACUGGGAGAAAAGAUGAAAGUGUACCUCCUUCCCUACAAGAAUGUGCUUCCUGUACCUUUGUUUAAACCAAGCAAAUUACCAAGCAAACAUAAUUAUGCAUCUGAAGGAUGUCAAGCCAGAAAUGGCUCUGCUUCUGAAAAAGAGGCAAUCAGACAAAUGGCAAAAGGUUCUCAGUCCACCAAACCAGGUUUCCAGAUUUCCAGCCUUCUACCCCAACAAAAUAUCUGGUGCCCAUCAAUGCAUUAAUUGCUUUGGUUGCAUCCUAGCUGGGGUUUUCAAAUUACUUUCUAGCUUGUGGCUUUAAAAACAUUGCAUAGUGCUAGGACUGCCACACUCAAGCUCAGUGUUAGAAC